CCCUAGAAUUAUGUUUUAGGGCAAAUGGAUACAAACCUGGCCCCGAACAUGUACGCCAUUGCCCCAUUGCGGACUGCCCAAACAAAGCCUGCGGGCGCGACAGCAAACUCCCUCUUUAGGUCGUCGGUUGACACUUCACGUCCAAGCCUUCGCUCUGCGUCGGCUGACAGUUCCGCGGCAAAAUGGGCUCUCUCGUCCAGGGUGAUGACUUCCAGCACAUUCUGCGUCUGCUGAACACUAACGUGGAUGGCAAGAACAAGAUUAUGUACGCCAUGACCGCCAUUCGCGGUAUUGGCCGCCGUUUCUCCAACCUGGUCUGCAAGAAGGCUGAGGUUGACCUGCGGAAGCGCGCUGGCGAGUGCUCGGCCGAUGAGCUGGAGCGCAUGAUGGGCAUCGUCGCGAACCCCCGCGCGUACAAGAUCCCCGACUGGUUCCUGAACAGGCAGAAGGACCACAAGACGGGCCGCUUCAGCCAGCUGACCUCGUCGCAGCUGGACACCGUCAUGCGUGACGACCUGGAGCGCCUGAAGAAGAUCCGCAACCACCGCGGUCUGCGCCACUACUGGGGCCUGCGCGUGCGCGGCCAGCACACCAAGACCACCGGCCGCGCCGGCAAGACCGUCGGUGUCGCCAAGAAGAAGUAAAUGUGAGGAGCGGUCUGGUCGACUGCGCAGCCGCCGCGGCGGCCGCCGGGUCAGCUGCCGAAGGCCGGGGCUGCUGGUGGCGCGCGGCGGGUGGUGUCCGGUGGCGUGUUGGUGCAUGGGUCGGGGCGGCAGGGGCCUGGUGCGCAGGGCCUGUUGGCCGGCGCCUGUGUAACCCGUUUUCAGU